AGCAGAACCCAGUGGUGGAGGAGGCCGAAGAUGACCGAGAUAAACCCAAACUGCUGGAGGAGAAGGAGGAGAUGGAGCAGCCCCAGAUCAAGGGGCCCAUGCAGGUGCCCAAGAGGGAGGAGGAGAGAGGAAAAGCAGAGGAGAAAGUGCAGUUGGACCGUCCUGACCAAGGGAUUGCCCUGCCCGUGGGGGAGGCACAUCGCCACGAGCCCCCCGUGCCGCACGACGAGGUGGUGGUGGACAUGGGGCGGGAGCAGGAGGAGUCCCAGGAGGACAAAGCUGCUCCUGGGGGAGCCAAGGAGCAUGUGCUGGGGGAGCCAGCCAGGAUGAACCCCCAGCACGAGGCACCAGACCCCAGGAAAGGGAAGGAGGUGGUUGCUGAGCACCAGCAGCAGGGAGGGACUGCGGAGCCUGUGCGGAACGUGGAGCAGGCCCCGGAGGCAGCAGGACAGCACGAUGGCAAACCACCCUACAAGGAGCUGGAGCCAGGGAAGGCAGAGCUGGAAGCCAAGGCACAAGCUGCUGCACGGGAUGGUGACACUGCUGAGGCUGCAGGUGACCAUGAGAAGUCACAGCUCCAACUCCCCAGGAAAGAAGAGGCUGGGAAGUCCACAGAGAAGGAAGGAGACCCUGGUGAAAAGAAGGAGCUGCCCCUCCCAGACAGAGCAGAACCGCUGGAGAACAGGAAUACUGAGGAGAAACAGGAGAACACAGAGAGCAAACUCGGGGAAGCAGGGCAGGCCAAACUGCUGGACCAUGCUGUGCUGCUGCAGGUGAUCAAGGAGCAGCAGGUACAGCAGAAGCAGCUUCUGGACCAGCAGGCAAAGCUGCUGGCAGUCAUUGAGGAACAGCACAAGGAGAUCCACCAGCAGCGGCAGGAGGAGGGGGCAGAGGAGAAGGCAAAGGCAGUGGAAGUGCAGCCGGAGCCUGCCGUGCCCCUCCCCAGGAGCAGCGAGGACGAGGUCAUCCGGAAAGUGCUGCUGCAGGAGAAUGACAGAGCUGUUAGGAAUCCCCCAGAGAACAGGGAUCUCCUCCACGGCGAUGCCCAGCGCCUUCCACCAGCCAGAAACCACCUGGAGAAGAAGCCUUUGGCAGAGGAUUUGGGAGGAGAUCGUGAAGCCAAAGCUGGAAGAGACAUCCAUGAGCAGAAGAAUUCCCUGAAAGCCGUGGAAUAAAGAGAACAGCCAGGGGCUGCCAAAGUUCAGGGAGGAGCAGGAAGGAGUUUGGAAAGAGACUCAGGAAUAGACCUUAAAGCCAAAGCUCUGAGUCAGGUGGACCUGGCAGUGGCGCCGGACGCUUCCAGUCAUAGGAAUGUGGCAGCACGGGAGCAGCAUGCCAAGGAACAGCACCCGAAGGAACAGCACCUCCAGGAGCAGCGUCCCAAGGAAGUGACAGAUGCCGAGGGAGCUGCAGGCGCGCGGCAGCAGGAUCCACUUGUUCCACGGCCGGACACAGCCCGGGAGGCUCCAGGGGGGCUGCAGGGCAGGCAGGGCCACGGGGCUGGGGGUCCCUCCAAUGGUGCUGACAGGAGAACAGGCCCUGAGGAUGCUCCAGCUCUGAAGCCCCAGGACAGAGCAGCUAUCCAUCAGGAUCCUCAACCAGAGCGCGACGCCAAGCCCAACCGCGACCUGAAGCUGCAGGCAGGCAUGGACCUGCGCCGGAGGAGACGCGACCUGCUGCCUCCCAAGGAGGAAGAGGAGGGGGAGGAGGAGGAGGAGGAAGCAGCAGCACAAGGGGCUGGAGGGGUUCUCAUCGGCCUGAACCCCCUCCCUGAUGUGAAGGUGAACGACCUGCGCAGUGCCCUGGAGACGCGGCUGAGCCAUGUGGCCGAGGGUGCUCAGCACCUGGUGCACAGUCGGCAGAUCAAGCAGGUGACACAGGACAAGACCCCGUGA